AUGGCACGGUCAAUAAUUCCUCAAACAAUGAUUGGCGUACGAACACCGAUUGAUGAUACUCUUCCAUUAACUUGCGUUAUUGAAAGUUCGCAACUUAUUGAAGGACAUGGAGAAUAUACUAUUCGAGUUGGCCGUGUUUCAAAUGAUCCAUCAGGUUCAUGGCUUGUUACAAAACGCUUUAGAGAGUUUGAUGAUCUUAAUAAUAUGCUAAAAGAAUACGGUUUCGAUAUCGAAUUUCCAAAGAAAAAACUUCUCGGUAGAACUGAUCGAACGUUUAUGGCUGAAAGACAGAAAGGCCUUCAAGUAUAUCUCGAUGCACUUGUUCAACAAUUAGAACUUUGUAAUUCAUUAACAAUUCAACGUUUUCUUGAUCCAGAAAAUCAUAUGAUGAAUUAUUCAGAAUUAGCAUUACAAUGUGUAUCCAUGUUUAUUCGUUCGACGAAUAAUAUCUAUCAAAUUGUUGAACAACUUCCAGAUUUUGGAUGGCGAUACAAUAAAAGUUAUUUCUUAGCAACCAAAACUGGAGCACCGAAAGAUGAACGUUAUCUUUUAUCUUGGUGUCAUUAUGGAUUAGAUAAAGCAUUUGGAGAAAAAGAUAUUGCUAAUUGUUUGAAAUUAUUAAAAUCUAUUGCGCAUCCACUCAUAGUUCCAAUAGAUGAAAUCUAUGCCAAUGAAACCGGUACACUUACUGUUUGUCGAUUCUAUACUAAAGGUUCAUUAAAAGAUUACAUUCAUCAGACAAAACCAACGAAUAGUGCCUAUUGGAAACGUUAUGGCCGAAAAUCGUUAUCUCGUGUAUGUGAUUUAAAUCAAAUAAAAAAUUUUGGCCGUCAAAUAUUAGAAGCAUUAAAUUUCAUUUACGACAAUGGUCUUGUCUAUGGACAUUUACAUUCAGGAAAUAUUCUCUUCGAUCUCGAUCAAGCUUUACCAAUAAAACUACUCGAUAUAGCCACUGGAAUUGCAGGUGUUUCAUCGAAAUAUCGUUGUUAUAUGUCGAAUCUUAAACAAAUACGUACACUCGAGCAUUGUGAUAUUUAUGGGUUUGGACGAAUUCUUUAUGAAUUAUCAACAGGUGAAGAAUGUCCAACAAGUGCUUGUAUGGAAUUUCCAAACACAGUACCGGUCCCUGUUCAACAUAUUCUCUUAAAAAUUCUUACAACAACAGGAGAAUUGCCAACAAUCCUAGAGCUUUUGGAUGAUCCGUUUUUUCAAACAUCGAUAUCAAAUAAUAUCGAACGAUUUCAAUUGAAAUUAAGUCCAAAAGCAAAAGAAGCAUUUGAACAAAUUGCUCGAGCUACUCAAGUUCGACUAGAGGGCGAUCAAGCAAAAAUUAAAAAUGUACAACGUCGUAUGAAACUUACUAAUCAUCUCAUGUCGGAUGAAGAAAAACUUAAACGACGCAAAGAAAGACAAGCUAAAGCACUUGGUCAAAAUGCAGAUCCUAAUGCGAAUUCACAGGGCGCAUCAAAAAAUCUACAACGUUCAAUCAGUGUUGAUCCUUUGCAAUUAUCUACACAGAACACUACGACAAGAAGACCUUUGACCACAUAUGCAAGUGUUGAUGUACCGAGCAUUUCACAAGCAUCAUCGACAGUUGCGCCCACGUCACUACCGCCUCCUCCUCCGCCACCGCCACCGCCACCGCCACCACCGGCUUCGUCCGUAGCAUCUCCACCACCUCCAGUUGCUGAAGGUGAUCGAACACAGUUAUUGAAUUCAAUUUCAGAUUUUAGCCUUGCUAAACUAAAGAAAGCUAAAACUAAUGAUCGAAGUGCACCAAAAUUCAAGUAA